AUGCCCGUUACAAACGGUCCAUCCACCAAUAACCAAAGUCAAAGUGAAUUUUGUGAUUUUUUAAAACGUAAAUAUCCCGACGAUGAGAAUGACAUCAGCCCAACUGAAAAUCGGAGUAUAGAAAAUCAAAACAGUGAUAGUAAUAAUUCAUGGAAGAAACAAAAGCACAAUGAAGAGGAGGAGCAGGAGGAGGGGAGAAAUCCUCAAAACUAUGAAAUGACCCCGGAUACCACAUCACCAUCGACACCUUAUAAUAGCUGCGAGAUUCCCACAUCUUCGCCAGGAAAAUAUGCAACAACAAAUAAUGGGAAUAACCAGACUUCUCCCACCACCUCCCACACUUCCUCUGCGGAGGUCACCCAUGUCACCAGCACCAGUUCCAACACCUUCAACAUUAUGACCAAUAAUCCGGCAUUCAUAAAUGAUCUCUUUGCCUAUGAUGCGAAUUUAUUGGUGCCCACAACCUCGGCGGAUAAUAUACUCAACAAUGGCGAGCCCAGUUUUACCACACCCUCGGCCAUUUGUGUAAAUACCAACAGUCAACAAUUUGAAGAGGAGAAUGGAGAUAAUUGGCAGGCCACUGAUCUCUUGGAACUCGAUCAUCGGUAUAACUCCACAUUGCAAACAGAAAUCACCCAAUUAAAUCCCACGGUAUCCCUGAAACCGCACGAGGAAAAUUUGGUAACCAUGGUCGAACAGCAACAGCGUCAAAACACCACCCAUUCGAAUCCUAAUCCUCAGCAUCAGCAUAUGCAAUCCACUCCAAGACAAUAUAUUUCCAAUUCCCAUGACGUCAACUCCAAAUCAUCUGCCGUAUGCGGAAACCCCUUACUAUCUCUGCACAAUCAACAAAUGCCCAUAGACAGUGAUCCCGACUUUGAGGAUCGUAACCUAUCAUGGCUUUUGAAUUUUAAAUUUGAUGAAUUUCCCCAUUUGAAUCCUGACAUUACGGGCGCACAAAAUAAAUCUCAGAGAUCGGCAUUAAAUUGUAAUGGUGGUAGCGGUGGUUAUAAGGUUGUAAAUGGAAAUUCUUCUAAUUCCGCCACAAAUGGUCGAGAACGUUCAAAAUCUCCGAAAAAUGCAAAUAAAGCCGGUAAGAAAUUCGAGGAGUUAGUUAUGGAGGUUACAUCGGAAAUGGAGGGCAGUGAUAUGGUCGUUGCUGAAAAUGUUGUCAUUGAGGAUACCACUGUACCGCAAAGAGCGCCGAAGAAACCACCAUUCACAUACACCGAACUAAUCGAAUACGCCCUUGAGGAUAAGGGUGAGCUGACAGUCUCCGGCAUCUAUACAUGGAUAUCGUAA